AUGGGUUCUGAAAAACCUAAAAAUAGUACCUUGAGACUGCUUACAUUUUCGUUCCUUAGAAAAAAUCAUGAAUUCUCAGUUGCUAGUCUUGCGAGUAAGUUUAGUGCUCGCUCAUUUGGUAGUUCUAGGACUUUUAGGUCCACUAGCAGUACUUCGAGACCAUGGUCCAGAGUUUCACGUAGAAUAUGGAAGGAUUCAACACUAGAAAAUUCCUACCAGUGCAUCAAAACUGCCUGGCCUGUACCUAUUAUUGAAGCUUUAUUUUUGCCUGAAUUUAAGAUUGAUUUAACCAAAAAACACAAUUUUGAGGUGAUUAAUGUGAUAUCUCGAGGUGCCUUUGGAAAAGUUUAUCGUGUAAUGAAUAACGAUUCUCAAGAAUAUUUUGCAUUGAAAGUUCUAAGCAAAUCAAAGGUACUACGAGACAAUUAUGUUUCUCAAGUGAAAGAUGAAGUCAAAAUCCAAUCAAUGUGUGGACACCAUCCAUUUAUCAUUAGCAGUCCGCAAUAUUGGCAGGAUAGAAGAAAACUGUUUAUAGUUAGUCCAUACGUGGAAGGAGGUGACUUAUUUGAUCUCAGUGAAAAGUAUGGUGCCCUUCCUGAAGAAUUAGUCAAAAUAUAUGUUGCUGAAUUGGGUUCUGCGUUAGAUUUUCUUCACAAUGCUGGUGUUAUAUAUAGAGACCUCAAAGCUGAAAAUAUUUUACUUGAUUCAGAUGGACACGUUGUCCUGAUAGAUUUUGGUCUUUCAAAAUGGUUGAAGUACGGAAACAGAACAAACACGCUGUGUGGAACAUUGCAGUACAUGGCACCAGAAAUAUUUUUUCUCAAUGGUUAUGGUCAUGCUGUUGACUGGUGGGCGCUUGGUACUUUGACAGUUUAUCUUCUUACUACAAAGGUAGGAUUUUUAUAUUUGAUAUAUAAGGGAUUUAUUGCUUUAUAA